CUAUAUGAUACAUAAAAUUAUAUAUUUACCAAUUUGGCCUCAAUUUUAUAUUUGGGGCUAAAUCGAAUACAAGGGAAAUCUACAGGGACCUCAAAAGUCAAAAUACAAUUAACGUCCGCAAGGGAAAUGAUUGGUCCAAGCGAGCGCGAGCGUUAGAAAAGGGAGCCGCGGACGGAAAGCUGGAGAAGAAGCGAAGUCGUUUGGAUCCGUCCAUUCUCUCUUUCUUCCGGCGGUGGCGGCGGUAGACUCUCCGACUAGGGACGACCUAAGGGAAGAUAGGGGGUUGAAACCAAGGCGCCGAUAGAUAGAUAGAGACAGGAUGCUCGAAAACCCUACGCCUGCAGCAACUCCCGCCGAUUCCUCCGCCACCGUCAAGAGAUAUGCUCCUCCCAAUCAAAGGAACCGGUCUCUCAACAGGCGCAAAUCAGGAGAUCGAAUUGACCGCUUCAGCAGUUUUUAUGGAAAUGAUGGAGACAAGAUUCAAACACAUACCUCUUCAAGAAAUAUCCUGGGCGUAGAUCGUGGGGAUGCUGUAAUUCAAACACUUCAGAAUGAAAACUCACAGCGUGCUUUAGUAGCUUUAGAAGGGUGCUGUCACAGUGAUGCUUCUCAGCUGUUAAAUGAUCGUUGGGCAACAGUGAUGCAUAUCUACAAUGAUCCCACUAUAGAUUUAUCUGAAAGACCGGUUCUCUACUCAGGUGGUGUAUCGGCAUGGGGGCAGUUUAAACUUCCACAUCAGAUGAUGGCUGCAGCAAACAGUGCAGGAUCUUCCGGUUCCCAGAUGGACUUCUUAAGUGAACUUCGCCGAGCAAUGCACAAUGCCAAUACUGGUUCUAACAGCUAAGAUUAUCUCUUCUAAUUGAGUGAAUCCCUUGUAACCCAGCUAUGUACCUGUCUUAUAUACUUUGUAGAUUCUCUUGUGGGUCAAGUUAUAUAGAAAAAAUAGUGAUGGAUGGAUGCUUCAGAACUGUGGCUGGUUUGGUGUAGACAUGCUCCAUGCAGAACCAUGUUAAUGCCCCAUGUUAUGUUAUUUAUGUGAGCAGAAUGAGUUCCAUCUGUAUUCGAUUGAGCCCUGGCACUUUGUUUGCAUAGCUGAUAUGGUUGCCCUAAUACAGCUGGUGGAACUAUUAAUUUACCUUAGAAGAGAAGGGUAGUGAGUAAAGAUCCUUUCAUUCAUUGGCAGGUUUGCAUCUAUAUUACAUGAUUCCGAUGGAUGAAUGCCAUUUGCAUCUAUUCUUUCCAGACAGGAAUGAUUCCUUGAGCUGCCAAACGCUUUUCCACCCAAAACACAACAUGUCUUGCUGUGAUUUUCUUCUCGUCAAUCAGAAAUGGCUCAACAGUGCUGGCUCCUUGGCCAUAAGAGGAGAUGGAAAACCCCCUUGCACCUGCAACAAGAUUCCGUCAGGGAAAAAGGCCCAGAAAGAAUAUGGAAUGCUCUUAUUAACAAAUGAACCUUCCAA